ACUCGUUAUUUAUAUAUAUUCUGUAUAUAAACGUGGAUCAAAGUAGAGGUAGGCUAAUUUUGAACGUGAUUUGAUAUGGAUUAUAUCCGGGAGAUAUGUGUUGCUCGCGGGAGUGCGGGAAACGGUGCAGAUUCUGGAAGACUUUAACGUAAGCAGGAAACUCAUGGAUCCCCUGCUAGCAGGCCUAUUAUACAACACUUUUUGAUAUGGUCAUCAAGAAAAGUAUUUAUCUUUUAGAUAGUGCUGCAAGUUGAUGAUUUUGUCAAUGGGCUAUUCUCCUAAUGAAGUUGAUUCAAAUGGCUGGACUCUAUUACACUUAGCAGCAGCAUUAGGAAACGAGCAUGUUAUAAAAACAUUGAUACAAUAUGGAGUCAAUCCCGAAAUUCAGGACAAUGUUCGAGGGUUUACAUGCCUACAUUAUGCAGCAAUGCACGGGUUUACACGUCUUGCUCGCAUUUUGUUAGAAGUUACCAAAGACAAAUUCCACUUCAUUGAUACUCCAAACAUAGAUGGUUGGACUCCCUUACACGUGGCAGCACAUUAUGGACGUGAUAAAAUUGUUAAAACUCUGCUUUAUUUCAAAGCAACAGUGGACCCUUUGAGUUUAGAGGGAACAACUCCGCUGCAGUUGGCGGUUAUGAAACAGAAAGUAAAUUGUGUCCGCAAACUGAUCGGAGCAAAAGCACGUAUCAACGUUCAAGGGGGUUUCCCUCUGAGACACGCUAUCAUUAAGGGUUACCUUAAAAUAGCGGAGUUGCUGCUAAAGGAAGGGGCUGAUCCUACUCUAGUCCGUGAAGAGGACAACCAAACACCCCUUCACUUAGCCGUCCUGCGAGAUGAAGUUGAAUUGUGUAAAAUACUUUAUCGAUUUGGUGCACUUUGCUGGGUACAUAAUGACAACGGUGAAACACCUCUAACAAUUGCCACAGUAAAAAUUAGGGUCAAUGAAGAAGUUUCUUCAAGGUCAUGCCUACCAAUACUAGAAGCGUUUGCAGGACACCCACGAUCAUUGAAGAGUCUUUGUCGGUUUGUUAUCAGAGAAAAUGUGUACUGCUUAAGUGAACUUCAUCAACUGCCGCUUCCAACAUUAAUGGUCAGCUACUUGAAAUACAAAUUUGAUUAGUGAUCGCUUACUAAUUCCUUUUAACAGCCAAAGACCAUUGAGUCGUCGUACGACUGUCGGCCGACGAAUACAUUUCCGCUCUCUGUGAGCGAUUGACAACACGACAGGACACCGCCUGCUGAUGUUUGAUUGCAUUCUAGCAAUCGUCAUUAACAACCAAUAUAUCGUAUACGAAACGUCGUGUUCCAUUCUUCAUAAAAUCAACGACGACAAUGAUGAUAACGUGGGUUGGCUACGACGAAAUGACGAUGAUGAUAUGCUUUCAGUAUGUAGUCAAAAAUAAACAAUGACACCAAGAAUCGUCUUUAGGUUUAUUUGAAAAUAUACAGAAGUACUUGAAAAUGAUAUGCACAAUAAUGUAUUAGUAAGCCGAGUCCGAUCUAGUCAUGCAUUUAUUUUGCUAUCGUACAUUGAUGACUAAGAUAAAAUCCAGUCUAUUUGCUACGACGUGUACACAGAAUAUUAAAUACAUUACCAAACAGGUUGAACAAA